AUGCCGAAGAAGAAGCAGGCAAACAGUCCAGAGUCGACAGGGUAUACUUUCAACCCAUCUGACUUCCCCACGCCAGCCCUCUCCGACGAAGCUCUGCGCAUGUCCUACCGCAUAGCGCGCGGCGAACAAGGCGUGCUUACCUUUGAACCGUACAAGUCGAUCUUGCUCCCUCAUUGGCGCUUCAAGACGGUCCCCAUAGCGGAAAACUCCUCGUCAAUACUGUACGAGGCUUUCACGCACUAUGUCAAAGCCGGCGACCUCGUGGGCGCGGACAUGGCUCGCAAGUUCAUUCAGAUGGGGAUGACGAGGGCGAAGCGGUAUGCUAAUCACAAGGGUGGCAAGAAGUAUGAUCGUAGUGCGAGGGAGCUGGAGAAGGAAGGUGGAAAGCGUGUAGAGUUGCCGAAGAGUGAAGAGCAUGCGGGGAGGGAGGAGAAGUUGCGGGCUAGUGAGGUGUUUCGCGAGCUUUGGCGGCGGUGUACGGGCGAUGAGCGGUAUGUGGAGCUGAAGGCGGAGUUUGUCGCUGAGCAGAAGAGGUGGGAUGGCGGUAGCAAAGACUGA